AUGUGGCGGGCCAGGUGGGACCCCGGCGUCCUGAAGGCCGAGGCGCUGGCCUUGCUGCCCUGCGGCCUGGGCAUGGCCUUCUCCCAGCCCCACGCGAUGGCGGCGCGCAGGCACCAGCACGGCCGGCUGGUCGUCGAGGUGGACGAGUACAGCCCCAACCCCACGCAGGCCUUCACCUUCUACAACAUCAACCAGGGCCGCUUCCAGCCGCCGCACGUGCAGAUGGUGGACCCCGUGCCUCACGACGCCCCCAAGCCCCCCGGCUACACCCGCUUCGUCUGCGUGUCUGACACGCACUCGCGGACGGACCCCGUGCAGAUGCCCUACGGGGACGUGCUCAUCCACGCCGGCGACUUCACGGAGCUGGGGCUGCCCAGCGAGGUCAAGAAGUUCAACGAGUGGCUCGCCCAGCCGCGCCAGCCGCCUUCUGACGGGAAAGGGAGACGCACCACCCCUGUGGUUUGGGCGCACAGCAGGGUCCCGCUGGACUUGAGAGAGCGGCUGUCCGAGCGCCUCCGCUCCACCGCCUGGAGCCUAGCGGCCUGCUCAGAGCGGUGGAAAGCUGCAGAGGGGCCGGCGUGA